CAUUUAGUUAAUUCUGUUGGUGAAGUGGACAUUGAUUUUUUUAAACAGGUUCAAUGUAAUGGAGAUUAUCCUAUAAUUGCUACAUAUGAAGGCGAAUUUGUAAAUCCCUUUUGUUUUCAAAAUCCUAAAGUUUUAGAAAUCUCAACGAUCAGAGAGUCAAUUAUUGAAUACAAAGACGAUUAUGCAAUAGAGGAUAACAAUGCCAAUAAAGAUGAUGA